AUGAACCCGUUAAGGAGAAUGGUUGAACAGUGUGCACAUUGUGGCGCGCAGAAUGCCUCCCUGCGCAGGUGUACUGGUUGUAUGAAGGUUUACUAUUGCUCCAAGGAAUGUCAAAAGAGAGAUUGGAAAACUCUACAUAAGAAAUCCUGUAAGAGGGAUGCAAAACAACACGAGAAAUCAUCUGAAGACGGAGCGAAUGAAAGCACUACAUCCGUUGCUCCCAACAAAGUAUGUGUGGUUUGCAGCAAAACCGGAAACGACGUCAAAACCUGCUCUCGAUGUAAACAGACCAAUUACUGUUCCAGGAGCUGUCAACGUCAGGAUUGGCCUAAACACAAACAGGCCUGUAAGGUAGUUGCACCGUUUCCGCCAACACUUCCGCCAAACAUUGAUAAUAUAUUCAGAAUGAUGUCACCUGGUGCAACUGGAUUUAGUCCAAUGAUGGGCUUUGCCAAUCCUUUUUUUGUCGGGGUCGACGAACCUGACCAGUUGAACUACAGAGCGACACCGGUACCUGGCUUCUUGGAUAAAGCGAAGGUCAUUGCGAGAUUUCAUUUUCCUUUCUGCAGAAUUUUGGAUGACAUUAACGACAUACCACAGGAAUUUCUUGGAAUGCGACCUAGUGGAACAAACAGGGUCUUUGUUGCAUUUAUUUCCAGAUUCCAUCAUUACCGGAUGCGCCACUGUAUCUAUGUUGAGGACAAAGAUGGCGUCGAAAUAUACGUGGCUUUCUAUUUGGAUUUUGACAACCCCUUUCCUUAUUUCCAUUGGACCAGCGUCGUUCCUGGGAGAUUCAUUUGUAUCGAGGAUCCAUAUAUCCAUUUCUUUCUGGAUGGUUCUGUUGGAAUACGCGUUGAAGAAGCAGAGAGUGUCAGGAUUCUACCCUUAUAA